CGGUUCGCCAGCGUUGGAUGGGGAGGCCUCUCGUGCGUUUUGAAUGUGUGGCUUAGCGAUGCCAGUCUUGCCUGGCAGAUUGGAAAAGCCUUGAUGCCCUCUGAAGAUUCGAAUGUGAAAUGUGUUUGUGUUAAUGCAAGCCUGGUCAGUGUUAUUGCGUCUGUUUACCUUCGUCGUUAUCCACAUGCCAAUUUUGUACCUCAUCUUCCUGAUUAUCGGCUUGUGGACAUCCCUGGGGUGAUAAAAAUUCUCAAUGAAAGCCUGACUGUUUCACGGAGGCACACUCGCUUUUCUUUUUUACGCUCCUUUCUCACCACUUCCGUCAACGAGCAUAGAGAAUUUUGGCCAGAAGUUGAGCGGGUCGUUAAAUUUUUGGAGCAUAUCAGAACUGAUUCUGAUGAUUUAGCUUUCUCAGACGAUGUCCAACAAAAUCCUCUCAUUCCUCCUUUGCAAUCAGCUAAUUUACCGUAUCGGCCUAUCGGACCACUAUUGAUCGAAGCCCCCGAUUAUAAUGAGACGUUCAUCUUACAUCUAAUAGCUUGUCUGGCCCUAGGGAAUUCUGUUAUACUAUUUCCAGGCAUCUGUAACAACAGUAAUACUAUGUUUGAAAUUUUCGCAAAUAGCCUAGCUACCUCAUUUGGCUCUAGCAAGUUUUGCCAACUAUUGAUGAUUCUUCCUGAUUGUGUGGCUUUAUCAGAUCCUUAUGAUUGGCAUCUUAUCUUUCGUAACCUGUACGGACCUGGAAAAAAAUGUUCUUUUAGCUCCACAGCAUUAGACCCUAGUGAUUUAUCUGAUAUGUUGCUCUCAUCUCAGAUGUUUUGGUCUACAGGUGGGGAUAUGUUUGCGAAUUAA